AUGGCUUUCGAGGAAGAAAAGGGCUUCGGGUUUGGAAGCAGAAGUGAUUUCACAGAAUGUGUUGACGAGUGCUUUUUUUAUGGAUCGGCGNUUGAUUUACCUCAUUUCCAGUUGGCUUUGAACCAGCAAUCUCGUUCUUUCAAGCCUCAUUCAACUUCUUCUGAUUUCCUUCAACAACACCAACAACCUUCUUUCCUCAAAGGACUUGAAGCACCUAGAAACAGCUUGGAUUUAGAAGAGCUUGUUGUGGAACGGAAAUCUCUGUCAAGUUCAUUGUCUUCUUCAACCAUGAAAAUAGACGACCAAAAUUUGAAUAUCCCGGUGGGAAUUCAAAUCAGAACAAGCUGUGAUUCCAGAUCAUCAAGAGUGUCAACGUCAACCUCAAGAACAAGGACAGAUGAUAUUUCAUCAGAAUGUAGCAGCACUUCCCCAGCGGGGACCAAGACCCCAACUCUAGUAGCUAGACUUAUGGGCCUUGAUCUUCUCCCUGAAAAUAACUCCCCUCGUAUUUCACUUUCCACUUGCAAUAAUCCUUCACCAAAGUUCAAGAACGUGGUUAAUAAUCAGAGCUACGGCGGCCAGUCAAACAGCAAAAACAAAAGAUUGAGCAACUUUGAAAAUAGUGAUAAUGGUACUCUGUCACUUCCAGAGACGCCAAGAAUAUCUUCAGCUAGCAGGAGGUCAGAUGUGGAUCAUUAUCAUCACAGGUUAUCACUUCAAAUCAACAAAGAGAAUAACAUGGGUGACGUAUUUGAACAUUCGGCUUAUUCUACUGCUAGCAGAAAUAUGGCCAGGAAUAGGAGGAUGAGCAGCUAUGAAAAUAAUGAAAAUUACAACAGAAGUCCAGGGUAUUAUGCUAGAUAGAUUGUGAAGCAAGUAAAAGAAAGUGUAAGCAGGAAAGUUGGUCAUGAUAUUACUAACACAAGUUUCAGAAGGAAAGAUGACCAAUUAGCCACUGCUAAAUAUGCUGAUCAAGUUGUCUUGCUUAAACCAAAGAAACAAACAUCUAAGGUUUUGGCCAAAUUACAUGGAGAUGAUCAUGAUUUUAGCCCAAGCAAGCAAACAACUCCUUCUUGCUCACCUAGGUUCAGAUUCUUGGAGGCCAAGAGUACUAAACCAGUCAACUCAUCCACGGCAAAAAGUCAAACUUCUCAUUCUCCUAGAUUUUCACCAUUAUCUCCACUUCCUGAGAACCCCACCACAUUACCAGCUAAAACAGUCACAAAACCCAAGCCACAAAGUUCACAACAAGAGCAAGUGAAACAGAACCACCAUUUACAGCAGAAUGCUAUUCAAAAGGGAAAAGGUGACAAAUGCAGUCGUGCACUUCCUAAGAAGCCACCGCAAGCUUGUGAUGCCAUUCGGAGCAAGAAAGAAGAGCCAUUUGUUCGUUCAGCAGCAGCAGCAACAAAUAAAGACAAGAAGUGCAAGAAAACUCCAUUGUCAAAUCAACUUGUUAACAACAGCGUUCCCACCAUUUUGCCCUUUAAGAAAGACCCUUCUCCUCCACCCACCAAAUUACUCAUUAAGCAGUCACAGCAGCAGGAAUCAGAUAUUCAUCCAUCGAAAAGGAACACACAGUUAUCUAGUAGUUCGAGCCAUUCGUACAAGCAUUAUAACCUCACCGCGAAAUUCCAAGAAAUGAACCGCGACACAUGUAACGGUGCUACCAUUUCCGGUGAUGGAGCCGAAUUUCAGUACAUUCAGAGAAUACUAAAACGUACGGGUAUCGACAAAAGUACUCCCCUGUCGUUAGCCAAAUGGUACUCUGAUUCUCACCCUCUUGACCCCUCCAUUUUUCACCACUUCGAACUUUUUCACCUCCCCAUUUUCACUACCCCGAAUUCUACUUUAACCUUGAGGUGUAACAGAAAGUUAAUUUUCCAACUAGUGGACGAGCUCCUAGUUGAAAUCUUGAAACCAUAUUUUAGUUUCAAGUCAAGGCAACGUUGUCAAAUGAAUGGAAAGGAAUUGAUUGACACUCUGUGCAUGAGAAUACGAAGCUUCCCUUCAGCUAAUUGUCAAGUUCUUGAAGAUAUUGAUUGACAAAGAUUUGCAAAAAACAGAGCUUGGAAUAUCAAGUGAUCCAUUUCAAGAACAAGUGGAAAGCAUAGUAAGUGAAAUUGAACGUGACAUUAUAGAAGAACUAAUGCAUGAAACGGCGUACAAAGUAACGGUGUGAGGAGAAAAAAGGAGAAAAGGGGUAAAGAGAACAAGGUCUGACGAAGGUCACAUGGGAGAUACACGUGACGAGAUGCCAUUCGUUUAAGGUUAUGGGACCAAUUAACUUUCUCAAAGGUUGGACUGCUUGUACCUUGGAAAGGGCAAACAAAACUGGGUGUUAGAGGGGUACACAUGGGGUCGUAAAAGUGAUACGUAUACUAGUUGCUUUUUUUUACUGUAUGUAAUUAAUUACUACUAGUAUAUCUGAAUAAACAAUUCAUAUUAAUUAAGUUUGCUUUCUUUUAAUCUUUUUGGGGU